GGAUCCCCUGGGACCACAGGUACAGUGGAGCUCAGGGGUCAAGGUCCUCUGAGAUCCAGAGUUUUCAGUGUGAGUGGUCCUCCUGGUCAGCUCAAACACAGACCCCUGGAUGGCACUUUAAACUGGGAUAUAUCCUCACUGCAGCAACUGUAAAUGUCCAUCAGCAGGCACUGACACUCUCCAGGUUUAAAUGAUCAAACAUGCCAGCCUUCAAACAUGUGCUGGUGUUAGCUGUUUUCUUUGCCUGCUUGGGAUUUGCUCAGAGUGAAAAGUUGCCGAGUUUCGAUCUGCUGGAGGAGUUUCGGGUGAGUGAGUUGAGAGGCGUGAGGAGAGUGGAUGGAUCUCAACCUGAGGCUGUGGCUUACCGUGUCAACCCCUCCAUCCAUCUGAGAAGAGCCAUGAGUGAUGUGUACCCAGAUGGACUUCCCUCUGAAUACUCCAUCAUCGCAACAUUUAAGUUGACCAAGAACACUGGCCAGACAUCCUGGGACCUUUGGCAAGUCAGUGACCCAGACGAACGAGAACAGGUCGGCCUGCGCUUUCCAGGUGACGCCCGCUCCUUAGACUUUUUCUACACCAGCCUCCGUGGAAACCAGAUGUUGAGGACCUUCCAUAAUGUGGAAAAGCUGUUCGAUGGAGAAUGGCACAAGUUGGCUCUGAGUGUGAAAGGCAGCCAAGUGAGGCUGCUGAUAGAUUGCGAAGAGGUCAGUGUGGAACCCAUUAACGAARCGAGACCAGUCAUCCACCAAGGAUACACUUCCAUCGUCAAACGGGCUGUAGGAGGUCGCUCACCUUCUGUGGACAUCCAACAGAUGGAGGUGUCAUGUGACUCAGAGCAGGCAUAUUCAGAGGGCUGCUGUGAGCUCUCCAGUGUGUGUGGAGGAUAUGCUGAGAUCGGCCUAACAGCUGGAAGAGCGACAUGCAAAUGUAUGCACGGACAACCUGGCAUUCAGGGCCCUCCAGGGCCAAAAGGRCACAGAGGUCUUCCAGGAAAACCCGGAGACCAAGGAAGACAAGGGAACUGGGGGAUCCGUGGAAACACCGGAGACUAUGGCAACACUGGUGAGACAGGCCCAAAGGGUGAAACAGGAAGCAAGGGUGAAAAAGGGAUGCGAGGACCCUGGGGGCAAAUGGGGGACAGAGGUCCUAAAGGGCUGAAAGGAUUAAAAGGGGCAUUUGGGUUUAAGGGAAUCCGAGGCCCUCCUGGAGACAAUGGAGAGACUGGGAAACUGGGAGUAAUAGGCACUAAAGGGCUCAAAGGAUAUGGAGGGAUUCCUGGGUUUCAAGGAGUUAAGGGCCAAAAAGGAACUACGGGCGCAGUCGGAAGGCUUGGCCCCAGAGGAAAGCAGGGUAUUGUGGGGGAUCCUGGGGAAAGAGGUGCUUCUGGAGAGAAGGGGAAGCCUGGUAUCCAAGGACCAGUGGGCAGAGCUGGUACAYUUGGACCAAAAGGGAUUAUUGGAGACCCAGGUUUACCUGGUAGAGAUGGUGAUCCAGGAGUGGAGGCAUAUCAAGGACCACAAGGUCCCAGUGGAAAAAUUGGACGUAGUGGCACAAAGGGGGAAAAAGGCACCCUGGGGCCAGCAGGAGAAAUGGGCCCCCAGGGCCAAACUGGCCCAAGAGGUUACAAGGGUUCUGCAGGAAAGCCAGGAAGACCAGGAUUUAUUGGCCCACCUGGACCUACUGGUCACAUAGGUGUUCCUGGAAAACCAGGACCCAAGGGGGAUACAGGAAUCCAGGGGGUCAAAGGAGGAAAAGGUGCACAGGGGGAAAAUGGAAUUAAAGGCCCAAAGGGAAGGCUUGGAGACAGGGGUGACCAGGGUCCUCAGGGGAAACGAGGGAAGCGUGGCCCUGCAGGCCCACCUGGUCGUUCAGGUCCAGUUGGAGUCAAAGGGAUCCGAGGUGAGGGAGGACCGGAUGGGUUUCAGGGACUUCCAGGCCCCCCGGGCCCAAUUCUCCCCGUCCAACAUGUGAUUGAGGUUUGUAAGAAAGUGGUCCUGGAGCAGAUGUCCGCCUUUGCUAACUCAGUGAAAAGAACCUGCGCUGCUGUUUGUCCUCUCCACGGGGAUGUCCCUAUGGGUGCUCCAGGUCCACCUGGACAGAACGGACUCCCAGGACCUCCUGGGGAUCCUGGUAAUGAUGGUGCUGCUGGAGAAAUUGGCCCACCGGGUUUAUAUGGAGAAGAUGGAAAUCCUGGCCGACGAGGAGAAACAGGUAACAAAGGAGAGCGAGGCGAUAAAGGAGCCAAAGGGUAUGGCCUACCAGGCGUCACUGGAGAUCAGGGAUCCAAAGGUCAGCGUGGACGUCCUGGCAGAGCCUUUAAUGGCCAGCCUGGGAAGCAGGGUGAGAGGGGACACGGAGGCCGACCGGGUCUCAGGGGCCAUCCAGGUCUUAGAGGAUCUCCAGGGGUCUGUGUCACCUCUGGGUGUGCUGAGCUGAACUCCAGCAGUGGGACARGGCAGCCAGCGCCUUCGAGGCCAAGAAAUCAGGUAAUGGGGGUCACUGGUGCCCAUUUCCAGCAGUGGCUGUGCGAGGGGCUGGAGGGGCUGUGGGCCAGUAAAAGUCCAGUGCGAAGGGAGGUGGGGGUGGUGGGGGGGUGGGUGUGGAGAAGACAGAGAGAGAGUCUAGAAAAGGCAGGCUUUCGUUCAGCUGAGAAACGUGCACUUCUCCCUGAGUCCAGUUCCUGUGAACCCAGCACUGUGAGCUGUAUUGAUCACUGGCUCCCAAUGAGAGGAUUAUUGGGAUAUAGCACAAAGGCUUGGACACUUACUGGAUGUGUCUGCUUCAUGCUUCUCCUCUGGACCAGCACAGCUCAGGAUGAAGACUUAAGAAGUUGCAGGACUGCGCCGUGCGACUUGGUUUUUAUCCUAGACGGCUCAUGGAGCGUUGAAGAUGUCAACUUUGAAUUGGUGAAGCGAUGGCUUGUCAACAUAACGACCAGCUUCAACAUUGGACAGAAGUUUACUCAGGUUGGAGUGGUCCAGUAUAGCGACGAUCCCAUUUUAGAAAUACCUCUGGGGAAGCACUACACAAACAAAGACCUCAUCAAAGCCAUGGAGUCCAUUGAGUACAUGGGAGGAAACACAAGGACCGGUACAGCCAUUAAGUUUGCCACAGACAAACUCUUUGGGUUUUCUGAACGAGGCCCAUCAGGUGUUUCUAGAAUUGCUGUUGUCCUCACUGAUGGGAAGUCUCAAGACGAGGUCCUAAAAGCAGCCGAGGCAGCGAGGAAAAGAGGCGUCAUCUUGUUUGCGAUCGGUGUUGGGCCAGAGACAGAAGAAGCCCAGRUAAGGGACAUUGCAAACAAACCAUCUACAACUUACGUCUUUUCUGUCGAGGACUACAAAGCUAUUUCAAGAAUUAUACAGGUCAUUCGACAGAAACUAUGUGAAGAGACUGUUUGCCCAGUUAGAAUUCCUAUAGAUUCUCGUGAUGAAAAGGGCUUUGAUAUUCUUCUAAGUUUAAAUUUGGCUAAAAAAGCCAAGAAAACAAAAGGAGCUUAUUUGGGCACAAAGGCAUUUGAAGUGACGUCUCUGGUUGACUUGAGCGAGGCUACAAGGAGACUUUUCCCUGACGGUCUGCCUCCAUCAUAUGUUUUUGUCGCCACGCUGAGGUAUAAAGGAUCAGUGACUGUUGAGGAAUGGGACCUGUGGAGGAUACAGACCCGUGAUGGGAAGCCACAGAUGGCGGUGACACUAAACGGUCUGGAUAGUACCAUCACGUUCACUACAACCAGCAUGGCACCGAGUGAAAUACAAAAAGUCAAGUUUUCACGACAGACGACAAGAAAGCUAUUUGAUGAAAAAUGGCACCAGCUGCGACUAUUGGUUGCAGAAGAGGAUGUGACGCUUUACGUCGACGAUCUGGAGAUUGAAACGUUACCGCUGCAGCCGUCUGUCGGAAUUUUUAUCAACGGAAAAACCCAAGUGGGGAAAUACGUUAAUAAAGAAACAACAGUUCCAUUUGAAAUUCAGAAACUUCGCAUUUACUGUGACCCUGAGCAGAACAACCGAGAGACUGCUUGUGAAAUACCUGGAGUUUGCUCCAACAGUCCUUAUUACGUUGAACCAACACAAGAACCUUGUGUUUGUCCUGCUGGACCCCCUGGAGCUCCGGGAAUAAAAGGAGAACAAGGAAGUGUUGGCAUGCCGGGGCAGCCAGGUCCUGCUGGUGCUGAUGGUAAGCCUGGUAUCCCUGGAGUUAGAGGCAGUCCCGGGCUGCCAGGUCCACCAGGAGUAAAG